UAUUCACUUUUACACUGCUUGCGAAAUCCUCAUUUCCAACUGCCACGCCAAAGUUGAAGAUGAACCAUUUUACCCGCAAAAUAACAGCAGCACCUGCACAACAACAACAAUCAACAAAUUGAGCCGAAACUCAACAAAAGAUAACUCUGUGGAUUCAACAGCGCCAUGUUUGCUAAAUUCUUUGAAAAGCUCAAUCCCACCCUACAGAAUAAUGCACCCCAAGGAAGUGAGAAAUUGACACACCUGGAAGCAACAGUUGCUGUUCACUAUGGGAUUCCAUCUACAGCUUCCAUUCUGGCGUUUGACCCUCUUCAACAACUCUUGGCAAUAGGAACAUUGGAUGGAAGGAUUAAAGUGAUUGGUGGAUCUAAUGUCGAGGGCCUUCUUUUGUCUCCAAAGCCAUUGCCAUUCAAGAAUUUGGAGUUCCUGCAAAACCAAGGAUUUUUAGUGGGCGUCUCAAACGGAAAUGAAAUUCAGGUUUGGGAUCUAGAGAACAGGAGAAUAUCUUCUAGUUUACAGUGGGAGUCCAAUAUUACUGCAUUCUCCGUGAUCUAUGACACUCAUUACAUGUUCGUGGGAGAUGAAUAUGGUUACCUCUCUGUUCUGAAGUAUGAGGUCAGAGAAGGAAGCAUGGAACUGUUGCCUUAUCACAUCCCUCCGAAUCUUAUAGCUGAAGCUGCUGAGAUUUCAAUUCCCGACCAACUAGCCAUUGUUGGUUUACUUCCCCAACCUAGUUCACAAGGAAAUAGGGUCCUGAUUGCUUAUGAGAAUGGAUUAAUUAUUCUCUGGGACAUUACAGAAGAUCGAGCUGUUCUUGUUAGAGAGUAUAAACAACUAUCAUCAAAGGAUGAAAUUGUUGUUUAUGCUCCUAAAAAUGCUAGUGAAGAGAAGUUUCGUGCUUCAUCAGAUAAGCAAGAGGGGGCAAAAGAAAUAAGCUCACUCUGUUGGUUGUCAUCUGAUGGGUCGAUUUUGGCUGUUGGUUAUGUUGAUGGCGAUAUCUUGUUGUGGAAUUUAUCAGUUCCUGGCAAGAAAAGUUCAGAGGCUGAAGCUUCGUCUAGUUAUGUCAAGCUGCAACUCUCAGCAGGAGACAAAAGACUCCCUGUUAUUAUUCUGCGUUGGUCUGCUAACAAUGCACAGAAUGGUUGUGGGGGCCAACUGUUUGUCUACGGUGGUGAUUCAAUUGGAUCAGAGGAGGCCUUGACGGUUCUGAAUCUUGAUUGGUCCUCUGGGAUAGGAUCCCUGAAAUGUGUUGGACGAGUAGACCUUGGACUUGAAAGAUCUUUUGCAGAUGCCAUUGUUGUGUCAAAUGCUAAUGAAACAGGAAUUAAUGAUGCUUCUUCCUUGUUUGUGUUGUCAAAUCCAGGGCAACUGUACUUUUAUGAUAAGACUAGCUUGUCUGCUUUAGAAUCUAACCCAGAGAAGAAGCAUGCAGAUGUUGCUGUUAAGUAUCCUACAGUUGUACCUACCCUUGAACCACGUAUAACUGUGGCAAACCUAUAUCCAGUUGAUAGGAAAUGGAAUUCCUCAAGGACUCCGUCAGAGGAAGUUAUGAAUGAGCAACUCCGUCCAGCUCAUGGUGUGACUGAAUUGGAAAUCAAACUGCCUCUAAGUAGUAGUAUUCCCGGACAACUUCCUCCUACUGAGGAUUAUGGAAUCGAGAGAAUACUUGUUGCUGGCUAUCUGGAUGGAUCUGUCCGUUUGUGGAAUGCAACAUUUCCGGUCUUUACACUUAUAGCUGUUCUGGAAUCUCAGUAUGCUUCCGGGGUGGAGGGCAUUCAAGACACCGGUCCUAGAACAGCAAUAUCCGCUUUGGACUUCUCCUCCACAGCUUUAACUCUUGCCAUUGGACACCAAUGUGGCCAGGUGUGUGUUUAUAGCCUCAAUGGGAAGUCUAAGACAACUGACUUGAACUUGGCUACGGAUGCUGAACAGGAUGUUCAGCUCUGUCCAGGUGAUACUGGAUUUCAGUUCUCCGUCAUAAAAUCUCCAGUAUGCAUCCUAAAAUUUGUAGCUGUGGGUGCCAGACUGGUUGCAGGAUUUGAAAGUGGCCAGGUUGCCAUGCUUGAUGUUAGUUCAUCAUCAGUCUUGUUCAUUACGGAUAGUUUAUCCAGCUCAAGUUCCGGAAUCACUUCUGUGGCUGUGAAAACAUUGGGUGAUGCCCGUGAAGACAGUGUGGAACACAGUGAAGAGGGAACAACAAAUGCAUAUGUGAAAGAGGUUAUUUCAGUAUUAACCAGAGAUGCAGAAAUAGUAUUGCUUGAUGGCUCCACUGGCAAAAAAAUUAGCUCCCAGGCAAAACAAUCAAAGGAGAUGUCAACUGCUAUAUCUCUAUAUUUUUUAGAUGGCAUCACAUCUGUCUCAAAAGAGUCGCAAAAGCAUUCUUCAACGCUAGACAGUGCUGUACAGCCUGAAGAUUUGACACAGAAAUGUAUGGAUUCACAAAUUUUACUUUGUUGUCAGGAUGGCUUGCAUUUGUUCUCUUUAUGUUCUAUAAUUCAGGACGAUAUCAACCCUGUACAUGAAGUGAAACUUCCUAAACCGUGUUCUUGGACUUCCAUUCUUAAGAAUGACGCUGAAAAUUAUGGACUGAUUUUAGUAUAUCAGAGUGGAGCAGUUGAAAUAAGGUCCUUGCCAGAUCUUGAUGUCUUGGGAGAAUCCUCAUUACUGUCUAUACUUCGGUGGAAUUCCAAGAUAAACAUGGAUAAGACCAUAAGUUCUCCUGGUAAAGCGAUGAUUUCACUGGUGAAUGGGUCUGAAUUUGCUGUCUUUACACUGUUGGCCUUCGGAAAUGACUUCAGGAUUCCGGAAGCUUUACCUUCACUUCAUAAGAAAUUCCCUGCGGCUGCUGCAGACGAUGUCACUACAUCCCAACAUCAAAAGAAGAAACAGAAUGUUACCACCAGUAUUUUUGGUGGCAUAAUGAAAGGGUCUAAAGGACAGCAGGCUGCUGAUUAUGUUAAUGUUCGAGAUGCUCUUGUUACUCAUCUGGAAAACAUAUUCUCUAGAUUUCCUUUCUCAGACGCAACAAAUGCAACAGAUGACCUUGGAAUCCUGGAACUGAAGUUAGAUGAUAUUGAAAUUGACGAACAUGUUCAUGUUAAUUCAUCAUCUCUCAGCAGUGAUGAUGUCAAAAUAGAAAAGGAAACCGAUAGAGACAGGUUGUUUGAAGGUGGUUCUAGUGAUGCCAAGCCAAGACAAAGAACUCGUGAAGAAAUCAUUGCUAAAUAUAGAAACAAGGGGGAUGCUGCCUCUGCUGCAGCAGAGGCAAAAGAUAAGCUUCUCGAGCGUCAGGAGAAACUCGAGAGGCUCAGUAAGAACACACAAGAGCUACAAAGUGGUGCCGAGAACUUUGCGGAUCUUGCAGGUGAGCUUGUCAAGGCCAUGGAGAAACGCAAGUGGUGGAACCUGUAAAUCUGUAAUAGUAUGGCAGGUUAACACACACACACACA